AUGCAGACAGGUGGACAGUCAGACAUGCUUCCUGCACUUCUGCUGCUCUGCGUGGCUCCAGGGGUUUGGGGCUCUACACCCGGGGAGUGGGCAUAUGGAGGGACUCAGGACAGGCAGGAGCUUGGUGAACCGCUGUGCCCGUCUCCAUGCCAGUGUGAGGAAGAUGGGAUCUUCCUCAUGGUGGACUGCUCAGAGCUUGGACUAUCAGCUGUACCGACUGAGCUGAGCCCUCUCACCACUUACCUGUGAGUAAGACACCUCCGAUUCUACUUCCACUUUAGGCCUCUCACUGUAUCCUGAAAGUUUCUUUGACCCUUAUGGUCCUCUUCUUGCUUUCCUACCUUGUCCUCAUCCCUAAAUCAUUCUAUCUGAUGCUUUAACUUGCCUGGGAUCUCUAAACUUUCUGCACAACUUGCCUGCCAACAACAAGUUCCAACAUAAUAUUAGUCCAAGUCAUUCAAACAUAUGCUGCCAGGAUUCCCCUAUUUAGAAAAAAAUACAGUUAUUUGAAUGAACCAGGAAGCAGCAGCUGAACCUGCAUGUGCACAAGAACAGCAAGAUCCAGGGAGCAUGUGUGUGUGUGUGUGUGUGUAAGAGAGUGUGUGUGUGUGUGUGUGUUGACCAAUACAGCAAAUUACUGGACCUCUUCUUUUAGUAUCAGGUUUCCGAAAGCCAACUGGAGACCCAGCGUGAGAAAGUGUGUGUGUGCGCAUGUGUAUGCCUUUUGUGUACAUGAUGCGAGUGUGUAUGUGUGUGCGAGUUUCAAGCACAUGACAGGGGCAUAUGUUCGUGUGCGCGGUGCAUUAAUGUGUUGGAACUGAACACUGCCUACAUGUACAUCUUUAAUUUAUGAUGAUUAAAAAUAAGUAAUUGUAGUGAGAGAGAAAAUCUGAUGGUGGUUUUUGUUUUUUUGACAAAAUUGUCUCUUUUAUGGACUUAAUUUGCGUCUACAGAAUUUGUUGGUGGAAAUGAAAAUUCGAUUCGUGUCGCAACAAAAGAGGCCUUGGCUUUACAUCCAGUUUAAAACAUCAUCUUUUAUAUCACACAUUGCUAGUUUUUGGUUCCAGGGAUUGGAGCCAACAGCCACCAGGAGUCUUUAAGGUCUUUACAAGAAGGUUUUGACAUAUCUUCUCUAAAAACUAGGAGAUCUGGGAGAUUUUUCUUUUUUUUUUUUACACCACCCUGCUGCGGCUUACAGCCAGCUUACUGAUUGCUUAACUGCCUCUAAGGACAGAUUAGAAACACUUUGUGAUAACUGAUAUUGAAGUGAUAGAAGAUGAAUCCAGGAAACAGGGUGUGAUAGAGCAGUUGCUCACUAGGGGCUCCACAAGUAUUACAAGAGCAGAGGUACAGAAUUCAGAGGGAGUGAGCAAAAGAUCAACAAUUUAUGUUUGAAACGCUAAUAGAGAGACAUAAAAGACAGCUCUAUAUGAGUGAUGCUGGACCUGGGCUGUCAUGGGACCCUGCUUGCUAGAUUUAACAGUGUUCAUUUGAAAGUUAAAACACAUGUAGAGUUUAUGGAGGUGAAAUAUGGUCUCCAGCUCCAUCCUGGAAUCACUCGACCUUAUGAGAGCAUCAGGAGGUUUGCUCAAGGAUGGCGCAUGUCAUACAAGAAAGCCGGAGCACUCACUUAUAUGCUCUCGCUCACAGGAGAGAUGAAUCUGAGAGUGUUGAGCUCUCAUUCCUCUGCUAGAAUAAAAAGAGUGAUGACCUGAUCUCCCUCUGAGAAAGUCUAACUGCUCCAAUACAGCCGCACACACGGAUAUAUACACACAAGCACACAUCACUCCCUACAAACACAAGAGUAAUUGCUCAUUUCCCCUCGUUACCUAACAGUGGAACUGGACCAAUUAGUGAGUUUGAGGGCUGAUUAAGAAUAAGAUAAAUAUACUCAGCGACCAACCGCACACGCCCACACACACACAGAAACACACGUAAACACACAUUACUGCAGCGGGGAGGGGGAAGAAGGAGAAUGUGGGACAGCAGGAGAGAUGCCGCAACAAAUUAAGAUAGACGAUGGAGAAUCACAGAUUUCUCUCUUGGCCUUCUGAUAAAAAUCAUCAAACACAAACAGAACAGUCUCCCCUUCCUUUCCUAACUCUGCACACACAUUCACACACACAUACCCCAGAACUUUGCACAGCACGCUACAGUGUCCCGUUUCGUCUUGGAGUAUGAAAGGUUACAACAGCAGAGAGUCAGUCCAAUCCCCACCAGGAUCUGUCCAACAGUCCAGCACGCCCUGCUGCGCUAUGGAGGCUGGAUUAGGCUGCCGAGGUCAUAGGGAUUUGCUUGGGAACAGUCCGCAUUACAAACCACAUCCACAUAGCACUGUGAAAGUAUAUGACAUCAUUCGCCCGUGUCAUUGGAGAGCUCUUCAAAGUGAACAAAACGGUACGUGCUGCAGUGACCCAGAGGGCAAUCCAGGAUAUAUGCGUUCACUUUUACUUUAUAAGGUUUUUAAUGCACAUUUGAAUCAUCCAACUCUACAUAGCUGAAUACAAAAGCAAAGACUAAUCAGUAAAGACUUCUGUUUAAUAACACUGGGGUGAAUAGAGGUUGACUCUGCAAAGGAAUUCAACUAUUUGGAGAAUAAGGUGCUCUGAGCAACUCUGAGCGCAGUGAGCAGAGAUUUAUGACAAUAAUCGUUUCCGUGGGCAACACAUGAAAUGAGCUGUCAUGUGAGACGCUUUGAAAAGACCUUCUCUUUGAUAUCAGAUUAGAGAGGAAAGACAGUGCCCAAGGGUGUGUGUGUAUGUGUGUAUGUGUGUGCAUGUAAGUUAAUGUGUGUUAAUACUGAGAACACUGUGUACAGUAUGUGCAUCGGGGCCGGUGCCGUUUUAUGUGUAGCUGCAUAUGAGGCAACUUGUCAUAAAGGAUGGCCUUAUGUUGAUAAUAAGUAGCUUGUGUGAGAUGGAUGUUAUAUGGGAACAUGUGGAUCACUCAGCUGUCCCAUAGAUUUCUACAUAACUGAAGCAAUAAUUAAUAAAAAAACUAAUAUGUGCAUGAUGUGUGAUAUAUGUGCGCAGGGGUUUCUAAGGUUGUCAGGUGCCUCAAAGAUCUCACACUUCCUGCAGAUCUCUUAAGUGUGUUUAUGCACUAGGAAAAGUGUGUGUGGGUACGAUAUGUGUGUCUCCGGCUGGAGUUGAGUGGCGAUUAGGUGAUGCUUUGUGGUAGCGGUGGGCGAGCUUCUAACAGUGUUUUGGCCGAGGCCAGGAAACCACAGCUAGCACAUUACCAGACAGAGGAAAACCAAGGAGUGUGUGAGUGUGCGCGCUGGUGUGCACGCAUGUGUGAGGCUGUGGAGACCACCCAGAGUGCUGAGGGUUUUUUCUUCUGGUUACUGGAGGUGAAGCAAGAAAGUUAGAAAAAUGAAGACAUGGAAGAUGAAAGAAGAGGGUCAAAGCUGCCAGGGAUUAGAAUUUGGUGUCAGAGAAAUGCAAAGGUCCAGGUACUUGAAGUCUACACAUACAUACUAUGGCAGGCACGGAGGUAACAGUCGUGUGCGUGUCAUUUAGCUAUUAUGCUGAUGGAAUGAUUCCUAUCAUGAGCGACCGGGGGUCACAUUGUAAACAUCAUGCCCGAAAGAAAGAAAAAGAGAGAGAAGAGAGAGAGGCAAAUUUUAAAAGAAAGUGGGGUUGGGUCGAGGAUAAAACAGACAAAAAUAAAAACACAGCGCAGAAAAAAGAAAAGUGUGUGUCUGUGUGUACUGACAGUGGAGGGUCCUCUAUACAGCAGCUAUCAGCUCCAGCAUCAGUGUCCUGGCUCCAGACGUCUAUGGUAGCCCCCCGCCUCAACAACGCCACCCUCCCUCAUACUCUCUGUCUAUCCUUCUCCCCUCAGCUAUUCUCCUUUCCUCACCUGUUUCCUACGGCCUCCCUGGGAUAGAGCAAGACUCCAUAAAUUAAGUGUGUGUGUGAGUGUCUGUGUGUGUAUUUGGAGAAGGUGUUGAAUCCAGCCAGGCAGGCUAUAUGAUUACUGAUGUGCAAUGUGUGUUUGGAAAAUCAAAAUGAAUGCAAACUCAGGCAAGAGUAAAAAAAAGUGACGGGUGUGUUCCCGAAACUAGAUGGUGUGAAUUUCCUCAAGGUGUGUGUGUGUGAGCCAAUGUGGUUUGAGGAGACUGGCUUUGGCUAUAAGCCAACUAACUAUCAGCUGUGAUCAGAGUCAGGGAGAGAGUUGCACACGUCUGAUUACAGAGGAAGAGAGCAGAGACACAUGUCAUAGACAAUCUGUUCUGCUUCAAAUGUUGCUGCAUGGAUUUUGUUCUUCUCCGAAUAUUUGCCUGUAAGUGUCAGAUCUUCAGACCUCUUCAGAAAAAGCCACCUGAGUGUGCAACAGAUCUGAUAUUUAUGCCAUAAGGGUGUUAAAAUAAGGGUUAGACCGUUAGCGUCGCAUAGUGCCAUGGGUUUGUGGUUUCCUGAGAGCGGCCCGGGAGGCUUUUAAACGUCGCACAGGGACAGACGGCAGGUAGGCAGGUAGAAGGACAACAAUGGAAACAAUGAAAAUUCACUUGGGAGCAGCAGAUGGAGAAGACACAGAGGCCAUAGUGUCCUCGGCCACUCCAUAUCCUGUCCUUUAGAAAAAAGUAGAAAGCAAUCAUGACACAAGAUCUUGAAGGGAACUUGGGUGGAGGAGAGGAGCAGGAGGUCAGGGAAAUACAGUGGAGAAUGUGUUUAGGAGGAAUGUGCAUGCGCCUCACAUGUGGACUGAACACAACAGUGGUUGGUAUUUGUUGGGGUCAAACCUAUCGCAACAGGCUGAGUAUGUAAAUCUGUGUGUUUCGUGUGAUAGCUGUGUGACACAAGUGUGUCUCAGGGGACCAGGAAUGUGCACCCUGUGACGUGUGGUGGAGGGGUGAGGGUUGAGGGGUGAGGGGGCUGCCUCUGAUUGAGAAGAUUCAGAAUGCCUGCAUGGCCCAGAUUCCUAUUCAGCCCUUGUCCAACCCUGGGAAUCCAUGGGAAUGUUUGAAUGUUUAUGUGUGUGUGUGUGUCUGUGUGUGUGUGUGUUUGACCGUGUGUGCAUGGAUCUGUGCAACUGCAGUAGCCCUCUCUUUUGCACUACAGAGAAGGCAUUGUCUAAUCCCAGGCCAAGCCACGACAAAUGUCCCUAACUGCUCUGUUGCAUGUCCAUGCCUACGUGUAGACACGAACACAUGGACUUGCAUGCUAACAUUUUGUGUCAGUAUAUGAGCUUGUGGCUGGGGAACACAUAUAAGGAAACUUACUCUAUUCUUUCAAAUAACUUUUAAAACUUUUAAAAAUAACUUUUCUUUCAGCUCUCUCUUGAUCUUAUGAUCUUUAUCGAUCAAUUUGUGCGUAUCUGAUCUUGUUCUGGCUCAUCUAUCAGUUUCUUCUAUGCCCUCUGGAGAUCAACUAAGUGCCUUUUGAUUAAUUAAUAAAAACUAUACUUGAUUUAGGAUCUAAACAGUCAUGUGAUAAAGAUCAGACAAAAAUAUCUGGAUUUCUCACUCCACUCCAAGGGGACAUGACUAUCAGUGUAUAGAAUAACAUAAUGAUCUCUCCUUGAAGGGGAAUUGUUAUAGCUAUACAGGGUAUACAGUAGCCAACAUUUUACUCAAUGUAAUGUGAUGUCUAUAACUCUCACUGUCAGGUAGCACAGUCCAAAAACCAAAAAAGUUUUUUUUGUUGUUGUUUUAACAGUAUCUGGAUUCUCAUAAACUUUGGGGGUCACUGUAAAGUUUCAGUGACAGGCACAGAGCGUACUCGUAACUUAGAGAGCGGAAAUCAGAGAGAAAUAUAGCGCUAACCGAUGAAGGUCUAAAACGCUCUGUGCUUUUUUAAAUCAUAUCCCAUUUUGUAUUACAUGCAAGGUUGUUAAUCAAGUUGUGAACAUGGCUCCCUGCUGUCAGUUUGAACUACAGAUUGAGUUCAAGUUCAACAAAAACAAUAUGGGGUAGAGCUGGGCAAUAAUUUACCAAUGCUGAAAUUUACAACAAUAACUGACGUCAUUUUGCCCAUAUCGGUAUAUUCUCAUGUCCUUUUAAGACGCUGUCCUACGUCAGAGACAUGAUUCCACCCCAUCCAGUCUGUAACAAAGAGGGAAAGACAGGUGAGGAGAUGGAGGAUGGCUCAAAAGUUGGAGCGGCUGCUGAAGUAAACCAAGUUAAUGCAGGAAAGGGUGAGCAGCUUGUGGAGUAGUUAUGGUCCAAUCAUCGUUAUUGAGGUGAACUGCUCGAUAUAUCGUGAUAUUGAUUUGAGGCCAUAUCGCCCAGCCCUAAUACUGGGUAUCAUCACAGUUUAGACUUAAAGUUUUUCAUAGAUCAUCAAGCAGCUAAUUACUCCCUUCUAUGAAAAUGUGUUAUUAGGUAUAUUUGUUAUUUCAGGUGGAAAAUCCAGAAUUCAAGAUAAACCCAAAAGAGUCUAUUUUAAAUAAAACAGUUUAAGUAAAAACUGUAUAUUUAUAAACUGUCAUAUUUUAUCUGUAAAUCAAAGAGAAUUUUUACACAAGCAUUGAGACUAUAGGACAUAGUUCUCCAAGUUCUCCCUCCGUCUCUAAAAUGGCUCUGCCUGUCUCUGUCUGCCUAUCUGUGUGAUCGCUGGCCAGGCCUGCCGACUAAAGUGGCUCAUGCGCUACUGGCACUGUGCAGGUGAUGACUAGUAGGAGGUAAUGAUACUUAAUGCCCCAUCCACAGACAAACACACACACACACACACACACACACACACACACACACACACACACACACACACACACACACACACACACACACACACGACACGUACCUACCCAUAAGACCCCUAUGUGCCCAUUACAGCCAAGAAAACAUGUUGCUCAAGGAAGGCUAUAUGAACAAAUAGACUUGAUUACACAUGCGCACGCACAUUUACUCACAUACACAUUCUGACUUAAUGAUGGUUAAUGCCCGACUCAAUCCCCCUAGGCAGCAUCAAAGCGUCCCAGAGCAGUGCUGAUACAGCAAUGCUAGCAGGGAUUAGGUUGGGAGAAUGGACCACUGGGACAGGAGUUAGCUAAAGGGAACAAAGAAGCAAUCGCAGACACACUUAAAUGUCACACACAUGUGCACACACCUCAGGGCAGAUGCGCGCACACGUAUACACACAUACUCAGUCAGAGGCACUAUGGGAACAGCAGAGAAAUGUGUAGAAAGGGAAAUGUAGAAAACAGAAGGUAGAGACACUAAUGAGGACUGAAUCUUUUUCAGGACUCUUAAUUUUGCAGGAUAAGGUGACCUGGUCUGAGCGUAGAAACAGCAGUCAGGUCAGGAUGAUGGCAUGAGGCAGCAGUGUCAGUCUAACUAAGACUGGACUGCACAGGUGUAUUUUCAAUCUGCGUAAAAGGAGGCUGGAGGGAACUCUGCAUCUGCAGAGCCUGUGUCUCUGCAGCCAGACUCACUCACGUCUCUAUUACAUGUCUGAGAAGAAGCAAAAGAGGAAAUCUGGAGUUUUUACACACAUGGCAUCAAGCCAAACUAAAUCUCUUAAACCAACAGCAGCCACAUGUCCUCACCGGUAUGGGGUAAGAUUUCAUCAAGUGCUGAUAUAAGUUCAGGUCUAGAUGUUAUCCUCGGGUACUGUUAAAUAUAAAGAGCAGAUGAGCUGGUCAUAGAUCUGUGAGCGCAGCAGUGAAGGCGGAAGGAGCCAGGAUUGGAUUUGAACAGUCCUCUAACUAGAUCCAGUGUCCUGCUGUUUCUGCCAUUCAACAAAUGAAGUCAUAAUAGAGCCUGACACUAAUACUCAUCGGGUUUCAUUCACUGUUGUAUCCACUGCCUCUAAAUCAGUGUGCAAGAAGAACACCUCUAUGAAAAAAGAUAUCUUUUCAGGAUGUGUGGAAAAGUGGGGACACUUGUAACCCUUUUCCUUUGUUAUUCCAGCAGAUUUUUUUGAACAUUUCUUCCCUGCAGCAUCAAGUAUUAAAAAGGAAUGUCAUUUAUAAAACACACGAUACAGAAAUAAAUGAAAGUCUGGAAAUAAACUUUGAAAAAAUAACAACAACAACAGAUAAGUGGAUUAUAUGGGCAGGGCUAUGAAUGUCUCUCUGCCUCCCAAAGCUAUGUCCUACCCACAACAGCUGCCUGUCAGCCCUGUCCACAUGUUGCAGGCAGUUAUAUGUUGUAUGGUGCCGACUGUUCCAACACUUCCUGUUCCAUUACUGAAGUGCUUGACCUUUCACCCCCCUCCCCUCCGUCUCAUGACAGGGUGUGUGUGGGAGGACAGCGAGCGGACAUAGAGUGUGUACGUGCACGUGUGUAUGUGUGUGCACGGUGUUUCGGGGCAUGAAUAAGUCCCAGAGGGCAUGAAUAUGUUUCCCAUGACAUGGCCUCAGACUAAACAGCCGCUCUCUCCACCCAGACAUCCGCCUGUCAUUCUCCCCUAAAACCGCAACUCGAGGAAAAGACAUGACAAAACAUGGGAACACAAAUACACAGAUGCAUCUCCCUUUUCUUUCUUGUUAUCUCCCCUGCCCUCUUCCUCCCUCUCUCCCUUCCCCUUUUGUCGCCGAGUCCUCCCCGUGGCCCUUCUUGUCCAGGUGAAAGACUUCUCCGCGCCCUCACCCUCGCUCUUUGUGCCCCGUGAAUGGGAGAAAGAGAGAACAAGAGAGGGAAUGAUAAAGAGAGAGUGCCUUUGGACACAAAGGGCAGUGUACCCCUCCCAGGAAGUCUGGAAGAGAGGGAGAAAAAAAAACACACAUCUUUAGAGGAAGGAGGAGGGGAGGACAGCAUUGUACCCUCCUUCCUGACUCUUUGUGUGCGUGUGUGUGUGUGUGCACGCCUGUGUGUCUUUGAGUGUGUGUGGAAGCUCAUGUGUGACCAAGUGAGAAACUGAAUGCCAGAGCAGCCAGUCAAUUCGGAUAUAGAAAAGCUAACACACUUAGACCAAGCCCUUGCACACAGUACACAAACACAGACACACAUUCUACUCACUCACACACACACACACACACACACGCACUAAAGCACACAACCAUUUAGGCCCUCUUCAAGGCGGCGCCUGAGCAUUGACUACCAGUUGCAUUGUGUGGAAUAAAAGAUCCCCUUUCAUCGUGGCCUUAACUGUUUCAAAGCGCUAAGCGGAGAGGAUCAGACCGGCUGAAUCCGACUGAAGACAUUACUGUCAUAGUUACUGUAAAAGACAGCCAAGGUGUGGCUCAAGCAGCGCUAAUGCAUAACUCCUGCCCUCCAGGCACGGCUCUGGUUGUUGAUUUCCACUAAAGAUCUAUUACUCUGAUGUUCCUCACAGAUAAGCUGCCUUCAAAGGUGCGGAGCUUAACGCCAUUAUUGGCUGUUUGUUUGGUAAGCAUCUCCAUCUGAGAAGAGGAUUGGCAGGGAAGGUAAACGAAAGAGAAAAAAGAGAGUGAAUAGAGGAGGAAGUAAGGAGGAAGACUACAGGGUACGGCUCUUGAGAAGUGAAAUUUUCUGUGUUUGUGUGUGUAAAAUAAGAGAUUCAUGAAAAUACAUUCCUCCCAAGGGCAACAAUGUAAGCCUGUUUGUUUACAUGCCUUCGCCUGCAUUAUGUACCGUACCUGCAUGCAAUUUUAUGCUUGAGCAACAGACCAGAAACUUUUCCAUUGAGUUUCUUCUUCUUUUGCUCUGAGACAAUGGAAUUCUCCACAGUGAAAUGUAUCAAGUCAUCUCCCCUCCUCAGUCUGCUCCUGCACAUUUCACCAUUCAUGACAGAAACAGACACCUGCCUGCUGAUCACAUCUGCCUCGCUCUGAGGGUAUAUUCACUCACCAGGGUGGUCCACCAUCUCUCCGACAAUAGCCACCCGGAGCUUGGAGCGUGUAUGAGCACCAUAGCGUGGAUGUGUGUGUGUGUGUACGCUCAUAAAUGUGAUGUGGCCAGUUGUUUUGCUGCUUCAAAUCACCCGCUCUUGUCAGAAAUGCUUCCAGUUUGAAAUUGGCUACAACGGCGCUAGGGGCACAUUGACACCCACACACACGGCGCCUUUGAUCAAAGAGCCGAUAACAUACUUCAGUAGUUCUGUUGACGGCGAAGAGGGAAUAUGAUAAAUCACAUUAUUGUUACUACCGGACUGUGUAACUCCAUACUCCGGUUGAAAUCUGAAACAGAGAUGUGGAGAAAAAGAGAGAGUGGGAGAGAGAAAGGGCCAAGGCCGAUGAAUGGAAAUGUACCUCUGCCUCUUCAUGCUUCCGUUCCCCCCUUAAGACAAGCUCCUUGCCAUGGUUACUCUAUCAAUCACAGCAUAAAGCAGUCAAAUAUCCAGGGCUCUACCUUUCUUCCUGUGCCAAACCUUCCUCUCUUACAUUCGCAUGCACACAGGCAUGUGCGCAAUUACACACUCUGAAGGGGAAAGACUAAAUGAUCCAUCAGAGUGCAUUGUGUGUCUGUAUAUCAUGAGACAAUAAAGAGAAAGGGCAUGGAAAACGUCUAUGUCUUUAAACUCCUCUAAUUACUGUGACACUGCCGGCUUUUUUUUUUUACCCCCUGCUACUGUGCUUAAACACACAGAUUACAUGUACACACAUGAAAAUCUAAUUCUCCUUCGGGGAAGUAAGAAGAGAUCACCGGGGGGCUUUGUCAGUCAUUCUGCAGGUUCAGAGCAGGGGGAGAUAAAAGGGACAGUUAAGAGGCACAUUUGUGAGUGUGUUUGUUGAGGGAUGAGUGUGGGUCUCUGUGUCUGCAUCCUCUGCUCCCAACCCUGCUCUGAAGCCUUGAGUUUGUCAUUCAGCAGCUGGAGAUGGAGAUCUGAGGGGAGGAGAUGCCCUGUUGGUGCUCCUGUUGGAUGAGAGAUGUGUUGUCCUGCUAUGUCAGGCUGCAUGUCUUGACACUCGAAUUAUAUUCACAUCAGAAAAGAAACCAACCAAUGACCUUUCAUUUUCUCUCUCUCUCUCUCACACACACAUAGACCCACACAGUAAUUCAUUUCCAUGCCCCGGCAGCGACCAUGUAUGAUGUGGUGAAAGCCCAACCGGGAUCUGUACCCACCACAUCUGCAGGCUCACUGGGAAACAAUAGGGGUGUGAAAAUGAGCGACAGACAUCUUACCGCAUACACCGCAGGCACCUAUAAAUGGAAGAAGUAUUGUAGUGCACACACAGACACAGAUACUUGCACACACACACUUUCACUUAGUCUCCCUCUAGCUCACACAGCACACACACAUUCAAGUUGUUCAUAAAAUGAGGACAGAGAAACCUUAACUCUAAUUGUGAGACUCUUAUACGCUGCAGAGCCCACAAAGGCUUUAAGUGCUUUCUUUCUCAUUUCUUUUGCAGCCAUUUAUUUGCGCUGAAAAUAUCUGCAUGUCACCACGCCAGCCGACACAAUGCACAUGUGGUAGUCAUCAAUCAUAAUUAUCAUGGUUUAAAAAAGCCACAGCUGUUAUUUGAUUUUAAAAACAAGCCAUAGCACAGCGCCUUCCAACGAUACGUCAAGUUGUCAGCGGAGGCCUUGGCCUGCACAGCAGAAAUGUCUCUCUCUCUCUCCGGCUUCCCAACGAGCUGGUUGGAGAGCACAGCCGAGCGGAGCUGCAGUCAACCUUCCUCCAUGACUCACCACUGUGUGUCUUUAUUUUUAAACAUUUUCUCUCUCCAUUUCUGUGUGUUUAUUCUGUCUGAGUGAGCCCGCUGUUAUGGACUUCACACGUUUGUUUAUGGCUUCUUUAAUCAGGACCAGAUAAUGCAGCGUUGUCUCAAUCCAUGGACGCAUCCCCAGAAGCUAGUUGAUGCGUGUCUAUGUGUGUUUUGCUCUGCCCUAAUUAUCCCAAUAGAUUGUUGUAUUAAAUAUUUUCUUCAUAGAUUAUUUGCACAUCAGAUAUUGCAUUAGGUUAAGGUGUGUGUAGUAUCAGUGGGGCCACACGAGGUGACAAUGUGAUCCCUCUGUUGUACAUGAUGUCAUCCACUCCUGAUUAUGUCAGCUGGUUUGCUGUAACUGCUGGGUGUUUAAUCUCCAUGACAACUUUGUUAUCACUUAUAUUUACCUCUGAGUUUAAUCAAGCGAUAGUGCAUUACACUUGUUGUAUUCAUUCCCAAAUUACAGCCUGGAGCAAGAGCAGCUUGUGCCAGGAUCGGGACAAAUAUGCAGCACAUGGUUCACAUGACAUCAGACGAGUAAUUUUGUUGAGCAGGAGGUCUGAUGAAGGCAACAGUUAGAUGUUGAUUUUUUAAUAAUUUAUCUUCAUAUCAUUAAUGAGACUGUUUUGCACUGUUUUUCUUAAAAUUUAAACUUAUGUUUAAAUUUUCUUUAAACUUAUGUUUAAAUUUUCCAAUGUUUUAGAUAGUAGAGGCAGUGGAGCUGUAGGGUUUGAAAGGUGACCUAUUUUACGAACCGUAUUUUUCAGGCGAUAAGGCGCACUGGAUUAUACGGCACACUGUGAAUUAACGUGUUUAUGUUCACACAUAGGGCGCACAGGAUUGUAAAGCACAUCAAGCAUUGAUUGGUUUAUUGUUGCUAGUGCGUACUCCGGGCCCGGGCUGCCUUACAUGAGUGCACUUCUAGUUUAGACAUUACAGUAAGGCAGUCUUGUAGACUUCUUAGGGGUCCUGUUACGGGGCUGAUCAGGUAGUGACACAACGUACCGUAAUUCUCCGAAUAUCUCUUAAGCGGAGCGGCUUUGUUGCUUACUAAAGUUGUACCUACACAUUUUGACAGAUUUUUGAGUGCAUUGUACCACAUAAAAUCAAUCAGUAAGCAUGACAAGUAAUCAUACAUAAGGCGCACUGGAUUAUAAAGCGCAGUGUCAUUUUUUGAGAAAAUGUAAGGAUUUUAAGUGCGCCUUAAAGUUCGAAAACUACAGUACUUUCACCUCUCAAAAAAGAAAAAAUCUUAAGUCUCAUUAUCAUAAUUAUGUUAAACUGGUGCCCAUAAGAACCAUAAUUCAGCCGCUGCAUCAAAGACUUUAUUUUUAGCUAUUUCCCCACUGAUAUAAAAUUAGACAUAGUUUGUGGGUCUUACUUUUCACACAGCUAUAUAGUCACAAAUUACAAAGCCUAAGAGACGGAAAACGUGUGAGGCUAUCUGUUAGCACCCACUUAGCUCCUCAUUCAGCCCUGUUAGCAUAUGCUAGCCACUGUUGCGACAUUACUUCCAGCUCGUGGCCUAAGCUUUCAUGGAAGGACCGUGUAGAUGGAACAGCCCACAGUUGGGAUUUAAACUUAGCUUGUAUUCACCACUUUACGAAGGAGAAAUCAGUGAAGUGGUAAGCACUAACAGCUAUGAUAUGGCUGUUGUCCUGAAAUCACAAAAACUUGUCAUUCUUUUCCAGUACCUUUGUCUUAGGGAAGAGAAAAUAGCAGUGACUGUCUUUCAUCUCCAAAAAAACAUUGUGAAGAGCAGGGGGGGAAAGCUACGCACUGACAUAGACUUUACAGUUUUUGAAAUGGGUUGGCGUUUACAGAGUUGCCAUAUGGGCUUGUCCUUAACAUGGGACCAAUAAGACGUCCAAUAAGGUCGAGGCUAUAUAUCAGAACUAACAGUUCAAGGAGGCUAGGAAACAUGUCAGGGAAAUAACCACCAUCAACGUGGUUCCUCAUUGCCAUGAGUAUUUGCCAUGCAGGAUUUGGUAUGAAUGUUCAACAAUGUGUCUUUAAGUUGUUUUAAAAUACAGAUGAGCAUAGUAGACAACAUAGAGAAAGACUGUCAAGUAUUUUUAUAUUGACACCUGGAUUUAAACUCUGUUUUGCAGUUAGAGUUGCUCUGAUAUCUAUUCCAGUUUUGUUAUCGAGCACUGAGGUAGCAGCAAGUGUGCUGGACAAUGCACUGAUCCAAAAUCUAUACCAAGUCCUCUCAACAGUUGGAGCUGGCAGAGAUUGUUUCAAACCACCGAAAUCUCAAUAUUGCCUGUAUGUAACAGUGCUGUAAUGCAGCUUUGUCACAAUCGAGCCAGACUGAUGCCAUAACAGUGCAAGUGUAUGAUUCAAUACUGAGGAAUCAUGAGAGCACACACACACACUCAGUCAUGCACACACAUGGCCCUGUUCCAGCCUGCCUGCCGCACUGGCUCACAGUGAUGCCAUCUUGCACUCGCAAUGCCUCAACAAACGCCAACAGAGAAGAGGGAUGACUUGGCACCUCCAUCACGCCUCUGAGACAUUAAUAUUUAUAGCAAGACUUGACAGAGAUGUGAAUAGUGUUUCUCCACCUAAAUUGUGUAUCUUUAAAACUGCACUUGUGAAGGAGGGCUACCUAAAUUCUUCAAUAGCUCUCAUGAUCGAUGCUGGAACCAGAAUAUCUGGUAGGCUCUUUUUUUGGCCAAAUGCUUCCUUCAUAAGUCCAUGACCAUGAUCAGCAGUAGCUAGGCAUCACAGCAUAUAUGUGCUUCAUUUUACACCUGUGCAUAUAAUACAAAUGACACAGAGGUAAGGUACUUGGUGUGUUGUAAAUGUACAACUAAACUAACAACUAAAGUGGUUUAAUGUGAGGAUCCACCGUUUUUACCUCCAGCACAGAUCAGUGGUUUCCAACUGCCUAUUUGUCCCUGAGUAACACCUUGAACCCGGCUCUCUCCAAUCAGACCUCCCAGGAGGGGGCGUCUGCAACAGGAAACUCUCAUGCCGGGAAACUAACAUGCUAUUAUUGUGUUUUCAUAGGGAAAAUAUUCAAUGUCAGCACACGCUGUAAAGAGGCUCCAUAAUUAUCUGACCUACAAAUUUACAUGAAGAAAGGACACACUUAACACACCUCCUAAUCCAAUGUAACAGGGGUGGACCACAUCCCAGCGCCCAGUGCUCAAUGUUGUUCUUGACAAGUUACCAGUCUACUGGUACACUUAAUUUGACUUGUUAAAGCUGCUAAAUAGCCAGAACACUGUCAUACAACUUUUUUCUGAUUUUCCCUGGAAGCUGAAUAUGGAUCAUGCCUGGGGAUAAAUUCAUCCAGCCCCCUGUCAGCUUGGCUGGCUUCACAAACAAACAACCAAUGUGUCAAAACUCUACAUUGCAAGGGGCUUCUGAGAGCACAGUUUACACUUGCUAGCCCGGUGGUCUGGCUUUAUGAGCAAUGGUUAGUGUCAUACACACACAUGGACACACGCACACCCAAGCCUCACUCUAGAAGACUCAUGCGAGACCCCAAGGGCAGUGAAAGCAAAGAUGAGGUGACGCAACACCGCCUCUCUUUCAUUGUGUUUAUCAAAGAUAUGACCUUACAUGACUGAGGCCAAAAGGUUAUGUAUGUUUUCUACCAGAGGCAACACAAAAGUUGUCCUCAUUCUAAUCAAGGUGUUAAAAAACAUGUUUGUUGAAUGUCUGUGUGUGUUCAAUGUCUGUGUGUGUGUGUGUGUGUGUGUGUAUGCGUGCAGAUAUUCGAGCAUCCUGCACCUCUCCCUCUUUGACCACAUUGCAGCUGCAUCAACACUCAACCCCUUCCACACCCUUUCACGUCAGAGUGUGUCAGGGAUGCGGAGAAAUGGAGUGUGUCUGUGGUAUGACUGUGAACAAAGGGGAAGGGAGGUAGUCCCGAGAGAGACCUGAGGAAGAGAAAAGAAGAGGAGAGAUGAUGAUAGAGGGAAAGAUAGAUAUGAAGGGACACUGAAGGGUCAGAUGCAAGAGAAGGUAUGAGACAUCUGGAAAAGAGAAAGAGUAACUGGGACGAGGAGGAAAUUACAGCUGCCCAACAAUGAUUCAUUGGGGAAAAUUCUCCUCUACAUCUCCCUCUCCUCCCUUUCGUCCUCCAGCCUCUUUACCUAACCCUCUAACCUCUCUGUGUGUACCACUCCCCACUCUCAAUGAUUGAUCUCCAAGAGAAAAAUGUGCUCUAAACAUUUGCAAUUUUACAUGUUGGGAGUAUCUUCAAAGCCAAUUGAUAACAUAUAAACUGAUUGAUUCUCUUCCAUCCCCUUUUUUCCCUCUCUCUCUUCAGGGAUCUGAGUAUGAACAACAUCAGUGAGAUCCAGCCCAGAGCUUUCCACCGACUGCACCUGUUAUCAGAACUGUGAGUACAAAAUCACUCAACUCACAUCCAAUUAAUAAAACUUUGUCGUCAUAAUUCCAACAUGACAAGAAACAGUAAUUCACAAAGUCGCUGAUAUGAGCACAGUUCAGUGAUGGGGAUUGAUGACCCUGGCCCGCCUCUGAUCUCUCCUACCAAGAAAAUGCCUGCAGCAAUAAGCUAGUCGAUCCUGGGAUAGCUGCACAAAAGAGGAAGGUGAAGGGAACCUGAUACUCUCUCAGCGAGUAGAUAUAUGGUCCUUUAAGUGUUUAGAGAGCAGGUUCUGUGCUCAGCAUCCAAGCCGCUGCUUUCUUGCCCCCUUUGACUCUGUUUCAGCUGGACAACUCAGCGGGAGCAGUACACACGUAGACAAAAGCUUUCGCCAAGACAAGCAACACACAACAGGAGAACCUCAGGACAGAAUUAUAUGGUUUUUACUUUUGUUCAUUAUUUGAAUUAUGGGAGAUUUUUUUAGUAUAGUUGCCAUUACACUAAAAGAUUGAAACGCCAUGACAGACUGGAUUCUAUAUCCAUCUCUUGGCUGGAUAAAUCCCCCCAUAAAGAGUUUCAUAUACCAAUACAAACAUAAUGUGAAAUAAAGACAACACGACUAAGAAUUUGACUCGGCCUCUGUUCCAAAUUUCCUGCCUUCACACUUUGUUCGAUGCUUCACAAAGUAGACAGUUCGGUUUCAUUCUUGCAAGGCUGAUGAAAACACACUCCGCAGCGAAACCACCAACAUUUUUAGAACAUGUUUUUGGUCGACCUGGCUGAUAUCUGAUUCGACCACUCAGCAGAACUGAGCUAAGUCUCAGUUUGACAAAGGCUGUUAUGAGAUUUGGCCUCAGGGUGAGAAUGUGUGUGUAAGCGUGUAGAAACUCAUGGGGGCUUAUGUUUGUAUGUCAGCCUUUACCUGAUUCUUUUACUUCUGAAGCCUGCACUUUUUUUUGUGGGUCUUUGUGUGUGUGUGCACGAGGUGUUUGAACAGCCCGCUGUUUUCCUUGCUAAUUCUUGCAGCUGCAGCCUGUGAGGCAUGAGCUAAUGAUGAUGAAAGUGAAAGGUCAGCUGAAUAACUAUUCGGGUUGGUUUUGAGUCACACUCAAAGUGGAUUCGAAGAACAGGCCGAACAACAACAUUUUGAGACGCCUUGUAUCAUGAGAGUUUCAUAAUGUCUCAGGUCCAGGAUUGAUCGCCUUUUUAUUAAAGCUUUAGAACUUUUCAGGUCAUAAAAACAGUACAGACCAGAGUCAUAAUCAGAACCACACAGUGUGGAGGGAUGCUGAACAUUGAUACUGACAUUUCCCUGCAUCGAGGGAAAAACGAUUGGGGGUCUUGGACACAGCUCCACCUACAGCGCUCAUCCGGAGACCAUCCUCCCAAUGUUUUACUACUUUGUUGAUCUUGCUUCCUCUGUGUUGCUCUCAUGUUCUGACACUCAUUGGAGACUUUCUGUUGCUUUGUGGCUCUUCCAAGGAGGAUGUUCCUACCCCAAAGCCAAUUUUUAUAGGCCGCUGACCAUUUCUGGAAACAUGCUGAGUUGAUAAUGAUGUUUCAAGGCAGGGAGAAGCACAUUUCUGACAUCCACUCUUGUCUCGAUGUUUUAAAAAGAUAAAGCUACGGUGAACACAUUAUAAUUAUAACUGUUUAAAGUGCUUACAAAACCAACUGAGACUCUAAACACAAACAUGGUUGGUUUGAGAACCAGAGCGUUUGAUGUGGGUCUACAGCACUUGUUGCUAGCAAAGGGAGAGGCAAGGGCCAGGCAGGUUGUGACUGGUAGAGUGAUAAACUGUUUGAUGUUGGGCUCUACCUCCCUGCCUCCCUCACCGUCGCUCUGUCUCUCUCCAAUCCAAUUCACUUCUACAGACCCCAAUCUCCAUUCUACUGCAGGCUACUUCAAGCUGUAGUCACUGCCUUUGAAAGUUUUUUCCUCUUAUUGGCUCUCUCCACAUUCUUAAAAAGCGAAACAAACCUGCUCAUGGCAAGAAGUCCAGCUUUUAUCCUGUUUUACUCCAUGGGGAGGAGAGGGAAUAAAAUCUUAUGAGCCACAUACGGAGUAUCCUCCUGAAGCUCGUAAACUCUAUCACGCUACGUCUUAUCUGUUUGCCCAGCUCUUGCUUCUAUAGUUGAAGAGUGCAAACAGCUUAUUCCUUUGAACCUCCUAGUACAAAGAGAUUAAAUUUAUACACAAAGCAAGGAGCACGCCUCUCUUUGAUUCACUGCGGCGUUAAUAUUGAUAAUAAGACGUAGGUGUAAUUGUCCCACCCUCCAGCCCUUUCGCUACCUCUGACACCUUAUUUCUAAAUCUUACUCUAUUGAUCUCAGAUCCCUCUCAUUAAGCCUUCAUUUAGCGCUUUGAUCAGUGAAAUUGUCAUUAAUUCAAACAUGAAAACCUGCACGCAACUGUCAGUUAGCUAAGCAGAAGGAGAGAGGCAGACUGCAUGUCUACGGGUUAAUGAGAGGGCAGCAGUGCCCACGCUCCGGUACAGACUCUGAGACAUGGUUUGCAUCUACCUGACAUAUCAAAGACAACCACUCCUUUCAAAUCUGCCGCUCUAAUUUCAAAGAUGAGCCAUCCAUUUCUGAUCCAAUUACAGCUUGGAACUAGCCAGGGGUUUAAUGUGAAAUUGUCCCCCCUAGAAGCCUUUCCUGAGAAACACUUGGAUGGCGACAAUGCUUCCUGUCUAUCAUCAGUAUCAAAGUCCAUGCUGUUCUUACCUCCGGAGGUCAUGUUUCACUUUUCCUCUUUCUUCUUGUCUACCAGCCAUUUGGGUUGAGUCUCAAAUGCUCAUCUUAUCAUUACCUGUACUUGAUCACUCACCUGAAAAAUACAGGGCUUCACUUGGCCCAAUAAAAAAAGACUGAAAGUAUCUAUUAGCAGGUGAAGGCUGAAAUUGAAAAACUGUUUUUGCCUUUGGCAAACUCGAAUAUCCAUCUUCCUUGGGCUCUUCCAACUCUUCAAAAAUAUGAAACCCAAAUGUGUAAGAGGAGAAGUGGUGAUGGGAGGCCAGCGCUGCCCUGCUUGUCUUCCACUCUGCGAUAAGAUUGUCUGCUGAUAGGCCGGGAAUAUGACGUAGGGGAGGGUUAAGGGGUUACAAAAUUGGCUUUCUUGAUGCUCCAGGUGCAUCUCACAGCUGGGACUAUCUAGGUCAAUUAAACUUUUCCUUUUAGCUUUGCCAGCAUUGAUUUUGUCUGCUUGUCUCUUUCUCUCCCACAAACAAGUACCCACAUGCUCCAGCACACACACCUCCCCACAGCAGCAACACACACUUCCACGUCUAUAUUUUACUCCAAUAAUUUCAGAGGUUAAUGCUGGGUUAAGUGGUUGACCCUCAGGUUGGACCUCCUAACAGAAGACGGGGUAACAUUUCUAUUGAUGGAGUGAAGGUGAAAAAGGUCAUACAUGCUCAUGUACUUGCAGACACACCCACACAUAAAGCGGCCCCUCUCUGAUAAGACCUGUUUAUCCUCUCCUUCUUCUUUCAUCAUCCACUCUUAUCAACCAUCCUGGUUCUGCUACCACUAUGAUCUCCUGCCUCUCCCUCAGAUAGUAUUCCAAAAUGUCAUGCUGUGUUUGCUGUCUCGGUCUUUAAUCCCUCUUUUUGUUUAUUAUCUCAGAGCAAUAGGACAUGGUGAUACAUAGAAUAAUCUGCAGUUGGUAUGCUUCAGUAAAACCCUUACAGAUCAGCCCUGAUAGCAGUGUUGUCUCACCCCCAUACGUUUGAACCGCAUUGGCUCCCUGUUAUUUCGUAUAUGGAUCGUUUCAGUAGAGCCGAAUAAUGCUGAGGUGGAAUUUUUAUCAACACAGUGUGAGGGCCAAGAAAAAUUCUAACCAUCCCCGAAUCGAAUUAAAAGGAAAAACAGUUGGAGCCACAGUCUGUCAUGAGCGAGGCGCCUUUCAUCAGAGUGAGAUUGAUGUGGAAUAACUAGGAGCCUAAGUGCAAAACACUCGCUCAUACGAACAAUCAUUUACUCACACAUUCAUGCAUAAACAGACACUGAUAUCAUGGAAACGGCUGGUGUUCGGUUGAUGUCUAUCGAGAAGGUCUGGGCAUUUCUCUCCUUUUCAAUAUCCAUCCUCACUUUGGACAUGAUUAUCCAUUUGACAAAUGACAAGGGGUGAUUCCAUUCAAGAGCUGUUUUGGCUCAUGUUGUGCGGCUGUUUGAGGACUGCUGGCUGGCAAAAGGACAUGUAUAUCAGACUGUGGUCUUAACUAGUGUGUUUGUUUUCUGGAACUCUAAAUUACUGGUCCCACUCAAACACAUUAGUCAGUCUUUUGUGCUACCUCUAUCUUUUUCCCAUGCCAUGGGCCUGGAACUGAUCAUUGUGCUUGAACAGGAACCAAAAAAGGAACUAGGGGUCUUUACAGGGAAAGGCUUAGAUCUUUUUUACUGGUGUUAGGACCUCAACACGGCCUAUUGAAACCGUAACCUCUGGAAAGCAGCUAUUGAAAUGGUCCCCAGUGACAGGCUUGUGCAAUGGCGGAAACUGAAAUGGUAUUGAAGUCGCAGAUCUAUCAUCCUCACAGGGACAACAAAUGGGCAGGGCAGAGGUUCCUUUCUGAGAAAGAGGCUGGUCCAAGAGAAAACUGGAGUCCUUUAUCUCGAAAUAAAACUGAAUAUUGUGGGGUCAAAACGCUGAAGUCGCUGUGGUUCAGCACUCAGUCUUCCGUCUUGAUUGAGACAUGUGGUGCAGUCGAAGUCUGUCUGAAUGAGUUUUGAUUGUGGUUUGAGAGGCAUGAUUUAACGGCUCCACAAUAGCUUGGAUAAGGAUCAGUCCUUUGUAUACUAGAAAAAUGAUGGGGGUGUACAUCUAUGUGUACAUGUGUGUGUGAGAGUUAAUAAAUACGAGCUCUGUAAGACUUCAAAACUGGCUGAGUGUGAGAUUUGGCAGGCGUGGGUAGUUUUUUGCGGUUUGCCACUGCACAGUAAUAAGACUGAGACAUAUUGACAUGAAUAUCAGAUGUCGUAGGGAGUUUGUUGAGAGCUGUCAUCUAUUUCCAUCUGGAUGAUGGAGACUUGGAGAGGCAGGCUGAAGUAUUUCAAUAUUUCAAAAUCAUGAAACUAAAGAAAAAAAAAACAACAACAGCUCAGCCAGAGGCAGUCCACUUAGAGAAAGGCUGAAAUGUCAAGCUUAAUGUCACCUGUAGAGCAAUGGUGUGAAAAAGACGAUGCCAAUGAGUAACUUUUAACUCAUGUUUGUUAAAUAAAAGUGGGUGGUCUUGAGCUGUGAAGCCCAAAUCUGUGUUUAAACUGUGCUUCCAGCUCAUGACCUUGAGAGUUCCUCUGUUGGACUGAAUGUUAUUUAUUUGGACAUCUUAUACACACUCACAAAUGACCAUUAGGUGCUGUGUUUGAUAAACAAACUGAUUGGAUUGCUUGUGUGAAUGUGUGUGGUUUCUCUCCCUCGCUGUCCUCAAGGUCCCUCAGAACGGGCCAAUUUACCUCAAGGACAUGGAAAAUAGCACACACAUUCACAUUGAAAACAUGCACUCGCUUAUGUCUACAUCCAUAGUAUACUUGACUUUAAACACACCCAUAAACACACUCACAUGCACAUGAGCAAAUAUACUUUCACGCUGCACUUGUUGACCCAGUCACAGUCUCAUUCAAUUCAGCCUUUACUCACUCAUCAGAGCUCCCAGGAUUGGUUAAGGUUUCAGGGUGUGCUUUGGGCCAAUAGCAACCACACUGAGGGGAAUAGAAAAGUGUUAUUUGCAUACUGCCCCAACAAUAACCCCAAAGCAGAAACUUGAGAAUGAAGUCAUAUCUCAGUUCAAUCCAAGAACGUAGGAUAAAGCUAAAGGCAAUGCCUCUCUUAUGAGACCUAUAAAUUUUUAUAUGAAUGUUCUUUUAUUUCAUUUUUUCACUUUAAAUUUUACUCUUUUUUAAAAAAAUCUCUGUGUUUCUAUCCUAGGCGUAUCUCAGGGAACCAGCUGAAGUAUAUCUCUGGCCGUGCUCUCGAGGGUCUUCACAACCUUAAAGUGCUGUAAGUAACCUCCUUCUCCCUCCCACCCACCCAAUCCUACUCUUGUGGUUCAGUGUUCAUCCCAGGUGGGUUGUUCCGCUGCGGCACUCUGGGGGUGAUAGAGUUGUGCUCCUGCCUUGAAUAAAACACACAGGCCACGCAUCAUUAACUGCAGUUAAAGUUUAUGGGCUGGGGGAAACCUGCCCUGCUUGCAGUUCCUUCAUUCCCAAACAAGCCCUGUUUCACUUGCAAGUAUGCACACACAUCCACACAAACACAGGUGUAAUGCAGGGACCUCCCAGUCACACCACCCACCAAGAUUACAGCAAGUGACAAAAAGAAAUCACUUAAAACGGUUUCAAAGCUGUUUUCGCAACACCCCGUUUCGCUAGUGUUCAUAGCCCUGUGAUCCAUGGCCACCAACUGUUAGCACUGCUGUACAGAGUAGGAUCUCAAAAUGUGCAGAGCAGCCAUAAAAAAACAUUAUUUCUGAGCUGUGAUUUCAGCAUCUACUUAGUUGUGACCAUAUUUCUAGUAGGUGUAAGACAAGGGUUUUUAAGAGGUUUUCAUGGACCUUGGCAACCAGUUCGACUCCUUUUGCACCCUGGCUGAGAAAAGUUUGAGAACCUUGCCAUUGGAGUAUAAACUCAGCUUGCGAAUUGUGGUUUGUAAUUUGAGCGAAUCUAGGGGAUUACCAGGCACACAAUUUAUUCUUCUCUCACCCUGUGUUGUGAAACUACCAGAGACAGCAUGAAUAAACCAGCCAUGAAUCCCGGUCUAUUAUGUCAUUACAGCAGAAGGACAAACAUAUCCUGAAUUUAUACAAGCCUGCAAGCAUUCACGCUUCAUGCAAAAACACCCCGUCAAACUCUGGAUGGUCCCUUUUUACCUCAGAGCAGCUGAGCUGUUUAGUUCCUUCCUCUGUGUAUUAGCUGAAGUCAGACUGUGUCAAAAACAAAUGGACUGCUGACCUUGUGUGGGGUGACUGGUCCCUGCUGACUCUCAGUCACACUCUAACAUACAGAGACGUUACAAACUCUGAGUGGAGCUCAGCAAACCUCUCCAUGGGGGAUUUUUUUUUCAACCGGAAAAGACUUAAUACAGUGUAUUUAUCAGGAAAGAGAGAGAAAGAGAGAGAGAGAGCUAUUGUUUGCUCCCCACUUCCUCCUCGCUUUUUGCUCCAUUCUUCUAAGGAUGACAUCAGCAGCCCACCCAAGGAGCUUCUCUUUCCUUCAACCCCUCAUUCUCUGCUUCUCUUCAAGCUUUCACUGGCCCUUUACGUCUUGAAUCAGAUUUCCCUCACGAUGGAAUUAUUUGUUCUGCCUGAUGUGCCCUCACGCACAGCACAUAUACACUCAACUACAAGUACAUACAUUACAUAUAACUCAAUUACCCUUUAUACUCCUUCAGGAUGCUACAAAAUAACCAACUGGAGAGACUUCCCAAUGACACUCCAUGGGAUCUACCCAACCUGCUGUCCCUGUGAGUAUCUCUCUGUUAUGCACACACACAUACACACACACACACACAGAACUGCAUUAAUCAUGCUACUCUACCUCAUCCAGGGGGGAAUGAAACAUCCUCCGGCCACCCACCCUCACAUUUCAGCUCUGACCGCAAUGCAGGUAUAGAGUACUGCUGACAUAUUACAGACCAUACUCCAAUAGUUUUGCAUGUAGUGCUGUACUUCCUGAUGGUAGGAGUCACAGCCCGACUGUGUCAGUGUAGUUCACUGUAGCAUCUGGAAGCCAUGAGGGAAACAGCAGACACUGCAGGCCAGGGAGAGCAUCUCCAAUGAGCUGUGAAACAACCCCAUUUUCCAUCAAUUCCCCUUCUCUUCCUCCUCCGCUCUCCCACCACCCACACCGCUAUCCCCCUGGCUAAUGAGAGUGUUUGGUGGCAUAAUUGACUCAUCUGUGGGGUCAGUGUAUGAGUGUAGAUGUGUGUGCGUAAGUGUGUGACAGCAUCAGUGUUUAGGCGGAUGCGAAAGCUCUUCUGUAAUUGCAUUUUUUCCCUCGGUCUGUGCCACACACAUACUCCACAUCCUCGCACUUCAAAUUUAGAUCCUUGGUGAAUAUUGAGACUGCACUACUUUGGCCAAAAAUAAAAUUCUUUUUUUUUUCUCUUAAACUCGUUUUUUGAUUUCUUAUUCAGUGACAACCUCACCAAACUUCACUUUAAUAACAAGUUUUCUAUCAUCUCUCAAAACGAAACCACUGAAAACAAUAUAGUGCAUAUGCCAAGCCAGUAAGUGGUGCUGUAACGCUGCUGAGGAAAUGCACAAAAGACAGAAGAAGAGUAUAGAGCAUGUGUAUAAAGGUUGUUGUGGCUGGACAUGCGCCAUAAAAUAGUUACACUGUGUGUCACAUAAUUGUUUCGAGAGAUGCCGUUUGUUUUCGAAAGUACCGUUUACAGUCACCCAAAACGCUGUUACCCUGUGGAUGACAAAAGACGACAAAAUACAACCGCGUGGACGGGUUGAUACCGCCUCAAGUCAGACUUUGCAGCAGGGAGUUGUCCGAAACUGCAAAGCCGUACCAAUUUCACAUGACUGACUUGCUCUUACCCUAAUUAGCCACAAAAUUAACGCCUUUUAUGCAAACACCAUGUAUGUUUACACUGGUGUGGAAACUGGGGCAGGAAGGGGGAGCCUAUGGUGGCCUGGAGGCACAAGGACUAUCGGUUUAAAGAUUUUAAUUUUUUUUAACAUGGUCAUCAUCAAAUAAUCCGAUUAUGAUUUAAAAUCAAUUAACUGUGCAGCCCUAGUGAAUAUCCACGAUCAUUUCCGUUAUCACACAUGCACUCUUUUUGCUGAAGCUGUAGAGGAAAUCACAACACUGGUGAAACCGGACUGCCUUCCUUAAACACAGAGACUAUGCCUGCACACAUAAACUGUAACUGUGGGCACCAUAACUCAGGAUGUGCGUGUGUAUAUCUAACAUCACAAUUUUCUAUCAUGAUGAUGUCUCUGUCUGUGUGCACAACUGUGGAUGUGUGUGUGGUCUUUGCCUGUAGAGAUGGUCUCAAGCACUGUGAAAACACAAACACACACAGGCAGAGCCAUAGUAUAGGAACACACCUUGUCAUUACAGUAAUGAUAAGCCCAGCGGAGAGAGAUUACUGGAAAGGCUUUGGAGAGUGAAGCUUGUCGGCGCCUCUCACCGACAUAAAACACACCAGGUAACAAGAAAGGGAGACUGCAUCUCAGACAGAGCACGGCUUUGAGAUCGGUAUAAACGUUCAAAGGAGGCUUUCAUCCAAAAUGAAUCACGUCUUAAUCAGGGACAUGAAUCCUUUUGUCAGCACAGAAUUGAAACUGAGUCAACAAAUUUGUCUCAGGGUUUUGGAGCAGACUAAUUACAACACACAUUGAUGCCAUCUUGAGCAGACUGGCAUGUUUCAGGUCCCAACACUGAUGAUCUCCGCAAAUCACAUUCAUUAACAUCACUAUGAUUUUUACAGAUUCAAUUCACCGGUAAUAAAACAUGUUCCUCUAAGUUCCCCCUGGUAUAAAACUUUGGCCAUCUGGAGAACUCAACCAGAGGAGGCAGGUCCACAGAUCCCCUGGAUCACUUAAGAGAACUUUCCUUUUUCUGUCUCUAUUUUGCUCUCCUGUAAUUGUACCUCCGACUUUGAUGUGAUGGACAGGAAAUAGUUGCUGCUUUAUUGGCUUCUGUGGAACAUUCCUGGUUCUGUCUGGACCUUCUGGAGACCUGGCAGGUCCACCCAGAGGAGCAAUUAUUAUUUUGCCCCGGAGAGCAAACCAGAAAGUUGAAGGGUCUUCCGUAGCUUUCAUCCUGUGAUUUGGUUCAAGGACAAACAAUGUCCACAGUUGUAGUGCACAGGAUGCACAAGGACGGUGUUUCGCUGUGGAAUAAAUGUGUGUUCAGGAAGUGGACAAGAUGAAAAUUUCUUGAGGCUGUUUGUGUGUGCACGUGCACACACACGAAUGUGUAUUUACAUGUGCGCCUGAGAGUGUUUUCCUGUGUGCAAGUGUGUGAGCAUCUGCCAGUGUAUACAGUUGCCUCUCCUGAUGGAAAAUUUCCCUCGGGAGAAAAGCUCAGGGUUCAGAGUUCAAGUUCAGAUUUCACUUUGAUGAUGCUGUUUGUUUGGUGAAGCCUCGGAGGGGUGAGGACGCUAAAGAGAAGCUGGAGCGCAGGAAUCAAAUAACCGCGGUGGAAGAUUGAUAAGGGAGGAUGUUUGAAAGAAGCACAAGAGUCAAAAAGUGAGACACACAGGGGUUCGAGGCGGCUGUGAGACCAUCUCUGACGAUGCAAGAAACAAAAUGUGUGUCUGAGAGGGACUGGAGGGGGGAAGGAGAUUAAUGAAUGAGGGUGAAGGACUGAAGGAAGAAGAAUAGCAGGAGGAAGUGGUCUCAGCUUGUCAACUCUACCCUGAGGGGAUCAUUCAUCACUAUGGACAGAAAUGUGUGUGUGGGUGUGUGAAUCAUAGUCCACUCUUGUAACCUGUGGUUUGAGGGACACUGAGAUAAAGAAAGGACAAAGCUUUUGUUAAAUGUGGUGUGGUUUGCCGAUGGUGUCGUAAAUGCAUCAGCUGGAAAGCAGCAUUGCCAUCAGUUCUUGGAAAAGUCAGGGAUUGAUGGCAGCAGCAGGAACCCAAUGGAAAGAGUGAAGACUGGAGGAACAUCUGAAGAUGCAUCUUUGACUGUCUCUCCAUUAGCCUUUUCCGUUUUCCAGACAUCAAGGAAAAGGGCUUUGUACAACAUAAAUAAAGUGAGGGAGAAUUAAACAGGCCUGCCACAACCAAUCCUACACCCUGUGUUUGUCUCAUCUUACAUUUCAUACAUGUCUGUGCUGGUAAAGCUAGACAUGGCUUAUUUAGCAUGGGAAUGAAUCAUAAUGAGCAGCUUCAAAAAAGCUGCAGCCGAGAUGAAAGAGGGAGAGUUUAGGAUGCAUAAUUCUCAUAAUAACCUUCCUGUAAGCAUGCAAAAGCUCAGAUACACAUGCAAACAUACUACGCUUAGACUUGAUGAUUAACCGGCUAAGCUCAGUUCCUCUUACCCUCCAGGCGUCUGGAUGCUAACCUGCUGUCUGAGGUUCCGGCUGGGGCAUUUCGAGGGGUUCGCUCUCUAAGGCACCUGUGGUUGGAUGAUAACUCCCUGACUGAGAUCCCGGUGACAGCUCUGGACUACCUCCCCUCCCUGCAGGCCAUGACACUGGCUCUUAAUCAGAUCACUCACAUUCCUGAUUACGCGUUCACCAACCUCUCAGCUCUUGUCGUACUGUAAGUAAAACCCUCAUUUUUGUACUUAAGACUUCUGCACUUGGAUUUUUAACUUAAACCAGAAAUGAUUUCUUCCUUUUACUGAGUUUGUGUAGGUGAUGUGUACGAAAGAGGAUUAGGGUUACACGAAGAGAAAAAAAAAUUACAGGAAAGAGAUUAAAGUUGAAAUUUCGAGAUAAAAAAUUUAAAUUUCAGAGGCGAUACAUGGGGACCACAGUCCCUGCAGCGGUUGUGGGUUCGAAUCCAGCCCCAACCACAUGCUGCAUGUCCUCCCCCCUCUCUCUAUCUCUUUCACUCUGUCCUGUCCUGUCAAUAAAAGGCUGAAAUUGCCCCAAAAAAUACUUAAAAAAAAAAGAAAUUUCUAGAUCAGAGUCGAAAUUUUGAGAUUACAAAAUGUCAAAAUGUCAUGAAUAAUGUUGAAAUUUCGAGAUUGAAGUGGAAAUUUCGAGAUUAAAGUCGACAUGAAUAAAGUCGAAAUUUCAACUUUUUUAAAUUUGAACUUUAAUCUCGAAAUGGAAAUGAAAAACAUCUCCCUCCUGUAAUUAUUUAUGUCUCUUUUUGUGGCUCUUAUCCUCUUUCAUAGAUGUGUGCUGCGUGGAAACACCUUUUCACGAAAAUUAUUUCUGUUUUGUCAAAAAUAUUUGUGGCUUUUCCCAGGCAUCUUCACAACAACAAAAUUGGCAGCAUGGGUGCAAGAUGUUUUGAAGGUCUACACAGUCUGGAGACACUGUAAGUAUCACAUGCACUAAUCAAAAAACUACACUGAUCAGAGGUUACUACAUUUCCCCUAUUUUCUCACACACACACAAAGCUAAUAUCAUUUCACAGGCCCACAUGAGUGGCUCCUCUGUUUCCCCAAACACUGAUACAGACUGUGUCAUGGCACAGAAGUAUAAAAGUAUCAAUAUUCAGACAGCACAGUGUUUACAGAGAUCGCCUUAAGCAAAUUGUUAGGUAUAAGGGACUACAUGACCUUAAAAAGAAGUCGUCAUUUCACUACAGCUUACUACAGCCUCAUUUUUUCUUGUGAGGGGAAACAUUUGGUGUUACUCAAAAAAACUCAAAAUUAAUGUUUUUAUAAAUCAUAUGUACCAAGAGAGCCAAAAAAUAAUGAAGUGUGGCUCUAAACUCUUCAGUCAUAAUGAUUAAUAUCCCGGUAAUUUCAGCAGGUGCUUGAACGUUUCUCAAAACCACAACCAAUAAAUUCCUUUUUGAUUACCUUGAAGUCACAUCAAAAGAUUCCUGUGUUUUGUAGAAGUCAUUGCCAAGCAGCUCUGAGGUCAAAUAUGGCUCAAUAUGGCUACAGGAGAGUUGUUUGAGUGUAUGUGCUGUAGCUUCCAUAACUGGAUCCCUACCACACACCAAUAUGGAAACCACAGGAAACUUCCACAGCCUUAUGAAAUGGGCGGGGAAAGAAAGCGAGAGAAAUGAAGACAGUGCAACUAUUCCUCCUGCAAAAUUCAUGGUGGUCUGAUGAAAACACAGUUUCUGGCACGCCGCGUAACAACCUGUUGAAGUGUAAAAAAAAUUCAUGCGUUUCUUUUUAUGAGUAUGUGUGUGGGCACAUGUGUAAGUCUGCAGAUAAGCAAGUAUUCCGCCUCUGCAGUUUGCGCUCGCGAGUAUGGCCGACUUAACACAUAACUAAAGAGCAUUAUCCAUGCUAGAAAAUUUGAGGGAAGAGGGUGUCAGUCAGUGGAGCCAUGGUUGAAGAGAUGAAGGGAAACUAAAGAAAGAGAGAAAGAGUGAUGGAGCUCUCUGGACCAGAAUAGUGUGUGUUAAAGUGUCUGGGCCGUCAGCGCGAGGAGAGACAGAUGAUUCAGCGGGAUAAGAUGACAGGUGUCAUUGACGUGGGGAUUGCGUUGGUAUGAGGGGUUAAUCUCUCACAGCGGCCCUGCUUAUGAGAAAUAUGAGAGACCAUCUGCAUCACCACCACCCUCCCCAACCCCCUAGUGUGUAUUAUAAAAUCAUUACUACGAAAAGCCGGCCAGGAGACGCUUGGAAAACGCAACACACCGCUAAGACAGAGCAGACCCACGCAGACAUUUCACAACAUCCAGUGAUUCAUGGGAAAUAUCUAAAAGUACUUCAUCAAAAGCAUUUUUGUAGUUGUGGACUUGAAAGCAGUAAAAUAAAUCUUUUUAAUCUGUCUUACUUCUUUUAAAUAUCCUUUACCCUGAAUGCCUUAGGAUCUUCAAAGGCUGCGAACUUGCACACAAAGAAAGACACACAUCUGACAAAUAACAUGCUUUAUGAGGACAAACAUGCUUUUCCCAUGUGCUGCAGACAAGCUCAAACACAGUAUGCAUAUACAGAGAGAAGAAAUACAGUGAAGGCUCUUUUCCUGCCAGCUGAGUAUGAACUGUCUCCACUACAGCGGCAUUUGUUUUGAUACAGUAUUUCCUGGGAAACUAAUCACAGACAGACCAAAGAAUCGUGUCAGCGCAGUAAAGGUCAAGGGUCAGAUCCAAACUUCACACUCAACAGCUGUCAGCCUCUCUGAGUGGAGGGGAAAUUGCUUCUAAUACAUAUGCAUCCCAACACACUUUCUCACACACAGAUAAGAGGAAAUUCAUCACAUGGUUGAGAUUCAAAGCAGGAGGAGAAAACCUCCACCAUGUCUGGACUUCAUAUUUUUAUCUUACCCCCUUCAGUGUUGGGGUAGUUACUUAUAAAAAGUAAUUCAUCACUAGUAACUAUUGUAAAUUGAAAUAACAUUACUUUACUAGUUACUGCAUUUGAAAAGUAACUUCGCUACUUAUUACUUUGCUUUCCCGUUUCUUAAUUUAUGAUGGACAAACAUCACAGCCCAAUCCUCACUGAGCAUAGUCCGCAUCGUUUUAUUUAUUGUAUACAGUAUUUUUCGCACUACAAGUCACACUUAAAAUCCUUUAAUUUUCUCUAAUUUUCUCCUCAGUGCGCUUUAUAAUCAGGUGCGCCUUAUGUAUGAAUUCUGGUUGUGCUUACUGACCUUGAACCGCUAUUAUUUGGUACACAGCGCUCAAAAGUCUGUCAAAAUGUUUUAUUACGACUUCAGUAAGCUACAAAGCCGCACAGCUACCACAGCUACCGUAGCCUCGCAGAGUUAUUAAAUGAGUUAAAUAAAGUUUGACUUAUCUGAUUGUUCUGUUUGGCUUAAUGCGCUUUAUAAUCCGGUGCGCCUUAUGUAUGAAAAUAGACGCGAAAAGAUGCGUUCAUUGAUGGUGCGCCUUAUAGUGUGAAGGUACGGUAAAUGUUGCUUGGGCAUAGAGUGCAUUUCACACAAAUAUUUUUGUCCUUUCGAUUUUUAUAGCAAAAGUAAUGUGAGUAUCACCACUUGCCGAAAACACCUGUGUCGUCCCCCUUCGUCUCUGUCUCCGUUUCCAUCUCUCUUUCGCAUCAGCAGCUACCUCACUCAAAUACAUCUCUCCAUAGGACUUUCAAAGGCCACAUGAUUGCACAAUGCAUGUUAGCAUCUUUGCAAGAAAAAUGAAUCCCGUGAAAGAAAAGAAUGAAGAACAGUACAGGGAAACACAGCUGAUGUAACACAGAAAGGAGCGUUCCUAUUGUUUAGUAGAGUAAUUAAGAUACAAGUUUUUUUGCGUAGUGUGUUACUUUAAUUCGUUACUCAAAAAAAUAAUAUCGUUACUGUAAUCCGUUACUUUGUAGUGCGUUACCCCAACACUGACCCCCUUUCUCUCUACUUUAGGGAUCUGAACUACAAUGAUCUCCAGGAGUUCCCUGUGGCCAUCAGGACAUUGAGUAAGCUUCAGGAACUGUGAGUCUACACACACAUAAACAUAUAUACACACACGCACACAAACAUAUACAUACACACACACAAAAACACACCUGCCUGACAUGACUAUCAUGGUUGCAUUAUCCCAAGUAAUCCCGUUAAGUGAUUUUAAUGUGGCACUCGGAUACAAUCUCUCUCGCCCUAAGCAGGUGUUGCCUCCACACCCACGCACCCGCUCGCCUGCACGUACACACACUUGUGCACGCAUACACAAAACAUGUUUUCCCUCCGCUUCAGCAGAUGUUCUGCAGUGUGCAUAUGUGUCACAGAUACAGUGUCUUUGUGAGUGUGUGUGUGUGUGUCUUUGUGAGUGUGUGCGCAUGUUUACAUCUCAUUUAUCCAAAAAUGUUUUUCAGCUGUGCAAUGGCAGGUGCAACAUGAGGACAUAUGACUCGACUCUCAUUCACAAACACGCUCUGUCUCUCCUCUAAACACACACACAAUCAAAAAGAGAAAAGCAGAAACAUAUUGACAGAUUUUUGGACUCACAGUAUGUUUCUAUAUUUGCAGGGGUUUUCAUAACAACAAUAUCAAAGCCAUCCCUGAGAGGGCCUUCGUGGGAAACCCUCAGCUCCAAACUAUGUGAGCUUAAUGCUUAAUGCUGCAGCGUAUUGGAUAAACACAUACUUGCUAUUUUAUGUCAACAGCAUGCACAACACAACUCGCUCUUCAAAACAAGUUCAUCUGAACACGUCAGAAACAAUCUGUCUCUUUCGUGUCUUGCAGUCAUUUCUAUGAGAACCCAAUCCAGUUUGUGGGAAAAUCCGCUUUCCAGUUCUUACCUAAGCUGCACACCCUGUAAGUAUGCGGUCAGAAGGAACUAUUCCAGUGAGUUAGCCCAAACACUGUUUAAAUCAUCCUCUGUCCCUUGCAGUGAGAGUUGAGUGGACAUGUGUAAUGGCCUACUGAAUGAUGUUGUGUUAGUGUAUUGCUGCUCUGCGUGCUGAUGUGGUAAGAGAAAGUGUGUUGUAAGAACAUGUUGAAUGGUGUGACUUAUGAUGUCUAGUGAGACAGCCAAAACAGCUUGUGUUGAUGUUGGAGGAAAAGUUUGAUGGCUGAAAUGAGCUGUUAGACAAGGUCUGUGCGCACACACACACACACACCAGUGUGUGUGGGUGAGAGAGAGGGAAAGAGAGUGAUGGGGAGAGCAGUGGAGAGUUUUCUGACACUUCUCUCCCUGUUUGGCCGCAGUUCCCUCAACGGAGCAACCCAGAUCCAAGAGUUUCCAGAUCUGAAAGGAACCACCAGCCUGGAAAUUUUGUGAGUGUCACCUCUAACCGUCUAGUAAGAAAGAAUGUGAGAAGACACAGAGAUGGAGGACAGCACAAUAGUUGGAGGGAGAGUAUUUGAGGAAGGGAGAGUGGAGGAGCAAAGGAUGAGCAAGAUAGAGACAUGCCUGAAAGACAAUAGAGAAUAAACUGAGAGAAUAUGUCUUUUAGGAUUCCAGAGGAGAAAGAGAGAGAACAGGAUACCAAGAAAAACGACAGGGAGGGGUUAGCUAGUUAUGCCAGCCGGUGACAGGUUUGGCGAACCUACACAGCUCCCUGUCCGACCAAGUUAGACUCACAGGACUGGGGGAUCCUUUCGCUUGCUUGCACUUCAACAAAGAUCAGAGGAAUCUCUUUUCCUCCAUAGGACCCUGACUCGAGCCGGCCUCUCAGCUCUCCCUCUGGAUCUCUGUGAGCAGCUGCCUCGUCUAAGAGUGCUGUGAGUACACACUUGGGGAGGGGGAAUGAGAAACACAAAAACUGAUACCCAACUGUGGAUAGCUGUGCCCCCAAGCAAUCAUUUGUACAAUCACAGUGCUAUGAAAUCCAAUCACACCCCCCCUUCCUCUAAAUGAUUGUCCUGCUAUAUCGCCUUGCAUACAGAGCUGACUUCACCCAAAUAAUCCUGUCACCCUCAUAAUUUCCCACGCUAUAAAUCCACAGCUGGUCAUUGUGUUUAUGUGUGCUUUGCGUGUGCACUUUGUGUAUUGUUUUAGGGAGCUGUCUUACAACCAGAUAGAGGAUCUGCCCAGCUUUUACCACUGCUCUGCAUUACAAGAGAUGUAAGUAGUUAAACCCCGAAGUUCAUCUGCAUACUUGUCAAAAAUACAACUUCUGAAUUCAUCGAUCAUUUUUGUUUGUUUUUUACCAGAGGGCUGCAGCAUAACCAAAUCAGAAGGAUAGAGUCAAGCACCUUCCAGCAACUAACCUCUCUAAGAGCACUGUAAGUAAACAGAUGCAACUUUUUAUUUAAUGAAAUAUCACAUUUAUUUUCACAGAAACUAAAUUUAUGGGUUAGUGAUGCACACUCUUUUGGACAUAACCCCAGCAAGUAAUUUCAAGAUAUAUCUUUUGUAUCAUCAGAUGAUAUAGAUGUUGCAAACUGCAGCUCAAUAAGUGUUUAAAUAAAUCAAUCUUUAGAGGGAAAAAAAACACCAUGAGGUUUCUCAAGAAGACAAUGGUUCAUUUUUUAAUGAGCCAAAAGGUUUGAAAACAUUGGUGAGGAUCAGUAAAUACAGACUUAUGACUGCUCACUGACACCUGGUGGUGGCUAACAGACAACAUCAGCUGGAAAUCAAAGUCAGUUUCAUUCAUUUUGAUUCUGGUAUCUUUCAGCGAUCUGAGCUGGAAUAUGAUCGAAUGGAUCCACAUGGAUGCCUUUGCCACGCUUCACUCUUUGAUCAAACUGUAAGUUCAUUUAGAUACAUAACCCCCCUUUGACUUUUCUCCCUUUCAUCUGUUUUUUUUUUUUGCAGGAUCACAUUUCUCCCCUAGAAGGCUUUCCAAAUUCGAGCAUCUUUAAUUAAAGUUAAGCUGUAUGUCAAAGCCUACGCCCUACACAAACACAUCUUCAUUGACUGUGUACCACAGAAAAUCUGUUGUCUUUGGCUGAAUCUGCAGAGAACACUGAUGUGCAUUCAUUGUUAUAAAAACUCCUCUGUGUGGCCAGGAGAAUCAUCUCAGGUCAUGCCAAUACAAACUGCUUCAUUGUGUGGUGACUAAUUAAAAUAAGUCUGGCUAAACAAGCAGAUUCCUUACAACUAAAAGAGUUAUCAGUGGGGAGAAAAUCUGAUAAGAGCCUUGCCUGAACAGUUUGAAAUAUCUAUGAGACAAGGCCUUUUUGUUCCCAAGGAUGACCCUCGGCAAUAUUUGAAAUGAAAACUCAUUUUGUAAACACUGACUUGGCCUGAUCUGACUCCCAACCUCUCUUGUUGUUUUUAUCAUCUCUUUCUGCAUACGUCUCAGGGACCUUACAGAGAACCGCCUCAGCUCCUUGCCUGUAGCAGGUUUGGUGGGUCUCACACAUCUCAAGCUGAGGGGAAACACAGAACUAUAUGAGGCCUUCAGUCCAGAUUACUUCCCCCGUAUGAGGUAACAAACACACGCACCAUCAUGCGUCCUUUUCUUCUGUCUUCCCAUAAGUUGUCCCUACUGUGAACCUUGGCAGUUUAGUUUCCCACGAAAACUGAUUCAAGAUUGCCAACAUACCCAGGUGUGUAUCCUCUGGCUGUAAGGAACAAUGCUUCACUUCCCUUCCUCCAAUUACCCUCCACUCACAAUUUUCUCCUACUAUAUAUCUUUAAUUUACCAAAAGCAGCCAACACUGACAAUACACUAAUUACAGUGUACCCCUGCAAGCCAUCUCUGAACUUCAACAAUAAAAAGCAUUUGUCAGCAGCAAGUUCCUUCUUGCAACAAAAAAUCCCUGAAGGUCUGGGGCGGUACAGUGAAGUACAACUGGAGACUGAGUUUCAAAGACACAAGAGGGAGCCUGUGUGGACUCAAGUGGCUAUGUUGGCAGUUUGUAGAGCACAGUCCAUUACCAAACCCUCUAGACAAAGUUAUCCCAAAAGUAUAGUAUGUUUAAAGUUAAUGUUUAGGAUCCUUCAACCACACUUCUAUCAAAUGAUUUAGUCUUAGGAAUACUGACAAUUCAACAAGAGGAGAAAUCAUUUGGGUGUUUCCCAUAGACUGUAUAUACUAUGGACAACUUGGUUCCGCCAUCUGUCAUUAGACGGAUUUGAAGCCGAAAAGCUCUAAGUAUUGCAGCGUUUUUUCCCCACUUCCCGAAACCAACAUUGCGCAGUAGCAAUUGGCGGGAGAGUUGCCAAGAGUUGCUGUGAUGAUGCUCUGCUAAAACAGCAUAUCCCCUGGGUGAGCUACGCAAUCUUCGUAUGCACAUAGGCUAUAUCAAGUGUCAAUCAUAGAAAACAUGAACCCCUAAUAACUUUUAAAAAUGGAGCUAACUACAUGUGAACAUCGCAAGUAGGGAGGAGAAAAAAUUAAUUUCUGUGUAAUUAAUUUCUCAAGUUUGUACAAAGCUCCAUAAAGCUUGAUGGAGGAGACAUAAUUUAUGACCUUUACUGCAGCCCAUCACCAGAGGGUGCUGUUCUAGGGGUGGCUUCACCCAGCAAGGAGGCAGACGGCGUCCGUUCCAUAUACAGUCUAUGGUGUUUUCCCUGAAGACGAAAGAGUCACAAGCGCAGAAUUACAACCAAUCAAUUCAAAUAUCCAGCAAAACCAAUAUCGAAAAACCAAGCUGGUAGUGCUAAAGACAAGCAAAAAAAAGGACACAAACAUGAUUUAAGGUUAUGUUUAAUUAUUUUUUGUUAUCAUGUUUUGGGCUCUGUCAUGUACCAUUACUGAGAGUAUUUCUGUUUCUUAAAGGGUGAUAGAGAUGCCAUAUGCCUACCAGUGCUGUGUGUAUGGUUCCUGUGAUAACUACAAGCCUGCGAGUCAGUGGGACGCUGAGCAGAGCAACACCGACGAGGACUUGCACAAGAAGACUGCAGCCAUGUACCCUAUCCAUGCUGAUACACACUGUAAGAACGCUUGUGAUCACUAUCACUCUGCUGCAAGCAUGUUUACAAAACCGUGGAUGAAGUCAUCGAGAGAAAUCUGAGUCGUAUAUGUCUGUGCCUGUUGAUGAAUUAUUGACCAAUUAAAACAAGGCACUGAAACCACAGUUACCCGGCAGCCAACUUACAAUUACACUCGAGCGUAUUUGGAAUAUAAACACCAAUAAACCAAAAUUAAAUUGAAAUUAAAACCAUUAAACCCACACCAUCAACAGCGAAACGAGCUUGGUGUACCAAAAGGUAACAAAAACAAGAGAUAAUUAAACCAUGGCAUAUGACUGAUUAAAAUUUAUUCACCACUGUAAGAAAAACAAUUACAAUGAUCAUACUUUGUUGGAAGGGCCUAAAAUCUUCCAGAAAUAUUUGUUUCUUUGUCACAGAGGAAUUUUGAAUCAUCCGUCUUGCACCAAACCCGUGUAGCCUUUGCAGCAUAUGUAAAACAUGGAUGCUGGUGUACAUGCUCUCAGGCAAUACGCCCCGGUAUGUUGAAGCUAUGAUUCUUGAUGCUGAUCAUUGUUUUUCCCCAGAUGACCCUGACUUGGAGGAGUUCCAGCUGGAAAUAGAGGAAUCCAAACUACAAACCAGUGUCCAGUGUACACCAACACCAGGUAACUAUAGAGUUAUGUCCAAGAUCAGACUUGGAUAUAGUCAUCAAAGAAAGUAUGAAUUUGAAUUUGCUGACAGCUUAUAUCUCAUCUGUUUUCAGGUCCUUUCCGUCCCUGCGACUCUCUCUUGGGAAGCUGGUUGGUUCGUGUGGGCUUGUGGUCUAUCUCCUUGGUGUCGCUUCUCGGGAACUCCCUCCUGCUCUUGUCCCUCUUUGGCUCACCUGGCUACCUGUCCCCGCUCCGUUUCACCGUGGCCUGCAUGGGUGCGUCCAACCUGUUGACAGGUGUUUGUACCUGCACCCUGGCCCUUGUGGACUCGCUGACCCUGGGAGAGUUUGGUCACCAUGGUGCUCGAUGGGAGGGUGGUCCUGGCUGUCAAGCAACAGGAUGGGUCUGGGUGUUUGCGUCUGAGGCAAGUGUGCUGCUGCUUACUCUGGCGGCGGUGCAGUGUGGUGUGAGCGUGACAUGCGCUCGUGCCUAUGGGAAGUCCCCAUCCCUAGGGAGCGUACGCACAUGUGCGCUUUUCUGCCUUACCCUUUCACUCACCCUCGCUUCUCUCCCACUGGUAGGUGUUGGGGAGUAUGGAUCCUCACCCUUUUGUCUUCCUUCGCCUCUACCACCCCCAGCCUCUCGACUACCAUCCUCUCUCGGCUUUCCUUUGGCCCUUAUCAUGAUGAAUACCUUGUGCCUGCUCAUAGUCACAGGUUCUUACAUUCGCCUUUACUGGGAGUUACUUAGGGGGGAGUGUGAGGGCCUGUGGGACUGCGCUAUGAUAAAACAUGUUGCUUGGCUAAUAUUCACUAACGGUCUCCUGUAUGUCCCGGUCGCUUUCCUCUCGCUUUGCUCCCUCCUUGGUCUCCUCUCUUUAGGAGAAGAGGUGCUAAAAUCAGUGCUUCUUCUUCUCCAGCCUCUGCCCGCUUGCCUCAACCCUCUCUUAUUCCUCCUUUUCACACGGGACCACUCCCAAUUUUUCUUCUGGCCUCACCCUAAAACACGUCCACAACUACGCCGGGACCACACGCUGGACUCGUUGGUUUCUGUGGAGACAGAGAAGAGCUCCUGCUCUGAUUCAUCAACACAAGUGUCCAUUGCAGAUGCUGAUGCCCUUUACAGUGGGGGGAACCCACCUCAAUCCCAAGUGGAUCCAAUAAGGUUUUCUCAUUGCUCCUCCACGUCCUCCGUUCCCCUAAUCCCUUGCCAGAUACCCACUCCCACAGUCAGAGAAAGAGACAGGGUGACAGAACAAGGGAGCCUAAGUGACAAUGAAUGUCUGAAGAGUUUGGAUCAAGAUGUGAUUCAUAACACUUGCUCUAUGUAUCACUCUUCCAUGACUCCCUCUCUCAACUUUCUUCCAUGA